UCUUUUUAGCUCACUGAUUUGCUCGGAAUGUUCAGAAAAUCUGAUUUUUUUUUUCUUUUUUUCUGUUUCAUCGACUUUUUAAUUCAUGCUUAAAUGAUUUGUGCUACAAUUAUUGGCUUUGCGCCAUUGUUGAUGUUGCUUUCCUGAUGUUUGAUUGUUGUAUUAUCUUUUGCCUGUCUGUGUCCGAGGAACUAGAAAGCAAUUCUGCAGCUUAUGAUGCCCAGAACAAAAAACAGCCCUUUGUAGCUUAAUGGCUCGUUUGCUACUAUAACGAACCACUUUUGACGUUCUCUCUCUCUCUCUCUCUCUCUCUCUCUCUCCUUUUGUUCCGUUACAGCGGCGGGGUUGUUUUGAUCAGUUGGUUGGCUGCGUUCUUUCAGCUUUUGAAACAAAAUGGAGGGUCACGGAGAUAGAGGGUCUUCGACACCACCGUCCAGUUUGUCAGCUUUUGCUCAGCCCUUCAAUCCCCAACCCUCUUCGAAUUGGGUGGCAAACUCAUGCCAGCAGCCUUGUAGACCUUCACAAGACGGUUCUCUGAGUUCCGACUCUUCUUUUUCCUUGGUCGGUUCCUUUCAUGAUCUCAAUCUGGAAGGAGACUCGGUAUUGGUGGAUGCGCCUCGGGAUGCCUAUAAAUAUUGUGGCCAUCAGUCUGAAAUGGGUAUCACGGAUUUCCCAUCUGAUAAUCCCCCUGGUUUUGAUUUUGAUUUUGUUGGGCAAUCUAUUUAUUCUUCAUGUCACCCAUCGUUAGCAUUGCAAGAAAACAGUAUGUCUGCUGUGCCUUAUGACUCGGAGUUUGAUGCAAUGUCAUUAACCGAGUCCUCGGUGCCUGGCUACACCCAGAACUUGUUGGGUUUUGAUUAUGUUUGCCAAAGGGCUGAUGGCUCAUGUAAUGCGGAACAGGACAAGAAGAGGGAUAAUCAAGGGAGUCUCGUCUGGAAGGCAGGUUCAAAGGCCAGCGGGAACUUUCAAAAACAAGCCCUGCAAAAAAAAGUAAAUGUGACAGCCCCACAAAAAAAAGUUAUUGUGACAGCCCCGCAACAAGCAUUGCAUGCUGCUAAAGGGCUGAAUCCUUGUGAUGAAACUUCUGAUAAUAUCAACAAGUGUGGAAACUUAACCGUUAUGAUCCUAGGAGGAGAUAAUCAGAUGAAAUCUGGAGGCGCGGAACAGGAAACUGCUGAAUCUUUUCCAAAGCCAAAUUCUACAGUCACCCCUUUUGAGUUCUCAACAUCAUCAGAUACGUGCUCUGCUGCAACUCUCCAAAACAUUCCUCAAGGUCAGUGGUCAUAUCCAAUGCCAGCAUUUAGUGGGAGCAGUUGUGAUAGUGUUUCUCUUUCACUGAAAAAAAAAUCAUUGCCAGCUCUAUCAUUUGAAUCACCAAGCACUAGCACAAUUGUUUCAGUCCUUAAUCCUGUUUUUUCAGUGAAUGCGGAUUUACCAGGCAUUAAUGUCCUCAACAACAAUGUUAAUUCGUCUGGUUGUAAUUCAGAAGAAUUAUCUGGGCUGAAUGGUUGUAAUCCAAUCAGCCUAAAAAAGCCGCAUGUCCUGCUGAAUACCAAAGGCAAAGAGGUCUACCUAGAUAAAAGCUUGAUUGAAAAUGGUGAUGAAAGAAAAGGUGAUAAGCUUAUCUCUGAUGAUGGUUUGAAACCCUUAUGCACGGUAAAAUCUGAGCUGCAACGUCAUGGGAUAAAACCCGGUGUUUCCAUUGAAAUUUCUAAGACGCUGGAUGAGAAUGACUCUGACGUGGAUUCACCCUGCUGGAAAGGUACCCUGGCUUGUUGGCAAUCUCCAUUUGGAGUUUCUGAAUGUGUGAGUUCACAAUGUCUUGAAAAGAAGCUAAAAGCAAGUAACAUUUUGAAUCCUCUGGCGCCUCAUUUUUUCCCCAGUAAUGCUAAAGGAAGUAUAGACUACUACCAUGAAAGUGAAUGUGGUAUUAGUGAUUUCUCAUCUUUUGACAAGGGUGAAUCCUCAGUUGUGUAUUUUGGAAAUGCGGGUUCUACCAACGUGGGAUCAAAUCCUUCUGGAUUGAGCUGUGGAAUUGGUACUGAAUGUUCUAUUGACAUCAAUGAAUCAAAAAAGGAAUAUUCUCUGGUCAACAACUCGAGAAGUAGCUCUUUUCUGAAUUCUUCUCACAUAUUUCAACCAUCUCUGGUGGAAGAUUGCUGCGCAUCUAACGGGAGGCUUGUCAUUGGGGAAAAUGCUGAAGACUCUUUAAAUGGUAUCAAGGAUGUUGUGCAUAGUGGUUCAACAAGGGUGCCUGUCCUUGCAAAGGAGCAUGACCUAGGUCCUUCAUCUUCUUCUGGCGUUGGUCUUCUUAAUGACCUUAAUGAAACACAUCAGAGUGUAUCUAAGUCUUUAUCUGCACCUCUUAAAAUAGAUGUCCGGACAGUGAUCAAUACAGUGCGUAAUCUGUCAGAGUUGCUUGUACAAAACUGUUCAAAUGGUUUAUAUUCAUUGAAUGAGCAUGAGCAUGACAUAAUCCAACUUAUAAUCGAUAAGCUUCAUGUGCUUUCCACAAAUAGGGCUGGGCAAGGGGCUCCAAUGCCUGAACCAACUCAAACAGGCACCCCAUACUCUCCUUGUAAGGCUACAGAACACUGCAAGUCCUCCAGUAUGCAAUUUAGAGUAGCAUGGGCAAAGACUAUGUCUGUUCCAGAUGAGCCUGAAAAUCAGAAUUACCACGAUGGGCAAAAGAGUUGUUAUACUGCCUUCACUGAGAAAGGGCUGAAUUGUUUUUCUUCAUACAGUGAUGUUGGUGUUGAGAAGAGCAAUGAAAUCAUCCAGGUUAUUUCAAAGGGUCUGACAGAAAACCAUCAGAUUGUGGAAGAUAUGCAUCCACAAGCUUUAGUGUAUAGGAAUUUAUGGCUUGAGGCUGAAGCAGCAUUAUGUGGCCUGAAAUAUAGAACUUGUGCCUUGAGCAUGAAAUCUAAUGGGAUGGAUGGAUAUGAAUCAAUCAAAAGGAGGUGUUAGGAAAGCUUGCUCAAAAACACAAAAAGGAAUCAGGAAAGUUGUCCAAACGCAGAGAAUGAUGGAGUGUGUAAUGUUCCACUCGAGCCAAGCAUGGUUAUUCUUGUUCGAGGCCAAAGCUACAAAUUCUGCUCCCAUAUAUGAGAAUGGUAUCACUAUCUUUAGUUUGUUUAAAGAUGGGAUGGUGUGUAUAAUAAGUCAGUCAUGCAUGUAUAAUGGAGAUACUGUCGGGGCCAUGUGGGGUGCAAAUGCAGGUUGAUUCUAACACAGGUAAUCAUGGAAGCUUGAUUCUUCAUGAUCUUAAGAGAGGCGACAAACCAUUGGAGUUUUUACGGAUGACAAAAUUUGAGGCUGUAUUUGGAAAUGGGAGUUGAACUUGAAAUUCAACAUCGUUGGUUUUUAGUACAAUGGUGGAAAGUUACUAGUUAGACCCCGAGUUUUUAGUACAAUGGUGAUGAUGAAAGUUGUAACUCUGGUUUACUGUGAUUGGGUGAAGAAUGAUUUGCCUUGCAUCUUC